UGAAUCAAAAGGACGGUAUCUGAGUAAGGCAGCACUUGAAAAAGUCCUCCUUCAUUGAUUACACAUCCUAAACUGAUCAUAUAUUCUGAGCAAACAACACUGCAAUUGUGAAUUAAAAGCAGUUACCCCUUUUUGUUCUUUUAGAGCAGCCGGUAUCCUUUUUUUUGUCAUGUUUUCUUUCUUGAAAUAUUGAGUGCAUCUACCUGUUUGCUGUGAUGAAUCACAAGGACGGUAUCUGAGUAAGGAAACUCUUGAAAAAGUCCUCCUUCAUUGAUUACACAUCCUAAACUGAUCAUACAUUCUGAGCAAACACAUGCAAUUCUGGAAUUAGAAUGAAUUCACUAGUUGUUUGUGCGUUUCGAGCAAACUGCUAUCUUUUCGUUUUUACGUUAUCUGUCUUGAAAUAAUGAGCACUCCCAUUUGUUUGCUAUGAUGAAUCACAAGGACGGUAUAUGAGCAAGGCAGCUCUUCAAAAAGUUCUCCUUCAUUGAUUAUGCAUCCUAAACUGAUCAUAUAUUCUGAGCAAAUGAUUUCUGAUAAACGGCUACUAAUAUGGUUGUCGGACUCCUGUCAUGCACCUUCUAAUUUAUAAGCAUGUUCUCCAAUUUGAAAUAAUGAUAAAUUUGUUGCCUUCCCUGGGUCAUUUUUCUCUGGAGCAAUCAGUUUGUCUUGGUCGAAUGAUGAUCACAAGUGCAUAGUUCAGAUGAUCAAACCAUGAUUACUUGAACAAAAUAGUCUUUCGCUCCUAUCUGACGGCCAUCAAAACAAAUCUGCUCUGGAGAAUCAAACAAUUUUGUCUUCCUUUGAUUUUAUUUUAGCGGCCACUUCGUUAAGCAUUAUCAAUUUUGAAAUUUUCGCUGAUUGUAAAUCCAAAACUGAGAAAGGUCACAGCUGCCACUCUGGAGAAUCAAACCCGUUCAUCAAUUGUAAAUCCAAAACUGAUCAAAUAAUCUGAGCAAAUGAUGAACUCUCAUUAUUUUCAUACUAUUUGACUUGAAAGAAUUGUACAUAUCAGCGACGGUAUCUGAGAACGGUGUCUCUUUAGAAAGUGAUCCUUCCUUGAUUAUACACCCUGAACUGAUCAAAGACUAUGAGCAAAUGAUCCUACAAAGUAGUGCAUCGCUGGAAGCUGACCUGUAGGAAGAUGGAAUCUGCUGUCCUUGAGACCCCACUUUUACAUGGUCUUCCUGAUGAGAUUGCCCUUCUUUGCUUAGCAAGGGUUCCUCGGCAUUGUCAUAAUGCUCUCAGAUGUGUCUCAAGGAGAUGGAAAGCAUUGUUAUGCAGUGAAGAGUGGCACUCUUACCGCAAGCGGAACAAUUUGGACGAGUCUUGGAUAUAUGUGAUAUGUAGGGGUACUGGCUGCAAGUGCUAUGUUCUUGCUCCUGAUCCUGCAACUCGUACCUUGAAAGUCAUCCGAGUCAUGGAACCUCCAUGCUCAGCGCGUGAAGGCAUUUCCAUAGAGGCCUUGGACAGGAAGUUAUUCCUGUUGGGUGGUUGUAGCUGGCUAAAGGAUGCUAAUGAUGAAGUGUAUUGUUAUGAUGCUUCUUCAAAUUCCUGGAGCAAAGCAGCUCCCAUGCCUACUGCUAGGUGUUAUUUUGUAUCAGCAGUUCUGAAAGACAAGCUCUAUGUUACUGGCGGAUUAGGUUUGACGGACAAGUCACCUAAUUCCUGGGACAUUUAUGACAAAGCCACAAACUCCUGGUUUGCGCACAAGAAUCCAAUGCUCACCCCUGACAUAGUCAAGUUUGUGGCCUUGGACGGUGAGCUGGUGACCAUCCACAAGGCUGCCUGGAACAGGAUGUACUUCGCUGGGAUAUACAACCCUGUUGACCAGACCUGGAGGGGCACGGCGAAUGAGAUCGCCUUGUGCUGGUCUGGCCCGACUGUUGUUCUGGAUGAUGGUACCCUCUACAUGCUCGACCAGUCCCUGGGCACGAAGCUGAUGAUGUGGCUGAACGAGACCAAGGAGUGGGUGAUGCUAGGCAGGCUGUCAGACAAGCUCACACGCCCCCCAUGUGAUCUUGUGGCCAUCGGUAGAAAGAUCUACGUGAUUGGCAGGGGGCUGAGCACAGUGACGGUCGAUGUCGACACAGCGGCCAGAGUUGAUGGUUUCCUGGUGUCCACGUCAACUGGCCCGCUAAUGGAGCAUGACUUCCCACCGGAGAGAUGCAGGGUCAUCACCAUCUGAAUAUAUGAAAUAAGGAUGAUCAUUCUUAGUAAAUUUGCUUCAUAUGAUCUGUAACAGUGGAUAUAUAUAUAUUGACUACUCAUUUUGAGAUGGCUGUAUAUCGAUGUUUUAACAGUAACAACAUGAGAGUGCAAUAUACACCUGUGAGUUU